UUCACAGUACUUCCAGGAAUGAGGCUGUUAAACACCAGACAUCCUCCUUCCUCUUUAUCUGCUCUCUCUUUUUUUUAAUCUUUUCCUCCAUUAAUUUCUGUCUCUUUGAAACCAGAAUCCAACUGACAUUCUCUAACGUCUGUUUCACGACAGCCCUCUAUCUUCUGUCACUUUUAUUCUCCUCAGUGUUUCGUCUGUGUUUAUUCCUGUCUGGGAGUCUCUGUACAUAGAGGCCUGAGCGGGGCGGAUUCUUACCAUUUGUCAAUGAGCGUGUCCACCCAGCAUGACCUACACACAACCUCCAGGGGUGUCGGGGUCUGUUCUGAGACGUCUCUUCCUUUCCGAGCAGAGUAGAUAGGCCGGCGUGAACUUCCUGCUGCGGCAGAUUCCAGCGGCGUUGCACAAAAAGGAGCAAAUUCCAGUUUGGGGAGCAGGGGAGGGGAAGGGGGAGAAACUGAAGAGCAAUCGCUUUUCCAUGUUGUCAGUUGUUUGCCAAGGCCCCACCCAAUUUAUAUAGUAGUGUGUGUGUGUGAGGCUGACUCUCUGAAGUCACAGACAAAUCUGAGUCGCCAGGUCUGUUACCGGGGUCUGUAUGAUUACAGAUUCCAGUUCAGGAUCCUCACGUCAGGUAUCAUAGUUGGGAAACUCCUGCUUGUAGAAUCAGUAGUUAGCAUUCAGUUUCAAUUUGAGAUGAUUAAAUGAGAACCCACACCCUGUUUCUCCUGUUAUCAACACUUUUGGAUUCUGUUCAGGGCCGUUUAGUUGAACUGCAUAUUCUACUCAGAGAGCUGAGUCAACACACACCUGAUGCGUCAUGUGUGUACUUUUCAGAUCAGGGGCAACUUCUACGUGCUUCUCCCGUUAGUGUUUUACACCUCAUCGUUUUCAAGACACGACUCACGACUUAAUAUGUUCGUUUUUCAGUGCUCUCAAAAAAUAAAAUCCUUGGUGGAGAUAAUCAUAAAAGUGGACAUUCAUAUGAAUGCCAGCCACACACACACACACACACACACACACACACACACACACACUUGUACAGCACUAAGUUUUAUACGAUACUUACAUAUUUACUCACAAACAUGCACAUACUUGUAGACACCUGUAGUUGUAUAAUUCGGUGUGUGUGUGUGUGUGUGUGAGAAUUAACACACUCACACAACUAAAACACACACUCCGAGAUGGCUUGAAGGCAAAUCAUUUGUUCACACAGCAACACACACUGGAAGACGUGUACCCAUAGAAACCGCAGACAACACAGAAUAUACACACAUGCAUGCUCUUACUCUGAAUAGACACAUACAUGCAAGCCUAAUAAACACACACACACACACACACACACACACACAGCAGCACAUGCACUCUGGAGCUUGAUGAGGUCACAUGGUGUAGACAAAGAGUCUGAGGCUGUGAGAUCUUAUUGAGAUCCAGUCAUGUUAAUAAGGCACAUAAAAUGGAGCCAAAUCAAAAGGAGGAGGUUGGUUCUCCUGUCCUCAUGUCUCCUGUCUCUUGUCUCCUGUCUCCUGUCUCUUGUCUCCUGUCUCUUGUCUCCUGUCCUCCAUACGGCCGUGACCAUCUGACUCUCCUCAACCUAAUAACAUGUCCUCAUCUGCCUCCUCUGACGUUUUUGCUCCUCGCUCACUCAAUCCUGUAGACCGUAUUUGUAAGCUAGCACAGCACAGAUUUUAUCGAUUGGCGUCAUCCAGUGUUUCUCUCUCUACACGUCAUCUUUCCUGCGAACUGGGCUUCAUCCGGUCGAGUCCUGGCAUUGCUGUGGCAGCUCACCUGUGUGUGUCUGAGGGGCUCGUGUUACAGGAAAUGCCAUAAAACACUCACUGUUGGUUGGGAGCUGCUUACUGUAAGAGGGUUUUCAUUCAUCCCCUCCCAGGUUCGUUUCCUUGUUGUGCAAUCUGUGAGUGUUAAGCAUUCUUGUCUCAUUCAUAGUCGGCUGACUUACCCCAUAAUCUUUAUAACAAGAUGCCAUCGCACAGUAAACAAAUUAUUUCAAUGCUUUGGGAAAGUUUUUCAACUAUGUAAUUUUCAUUAUUUAAAAAUUCAUAAUUCUGUAACAUUAAUAUUCACCAACAUGCAGCACCGGGGCUGAGAGCAGUGGAAUAACAGAAGAGUUGUGCUGCAUUGCGUCGCUCUGCUCUUUCAUUUCCAUUUCUCUAUUUCUCUUUCCAUUGUAAUUAGUGUUGGAGUUCAGUGAUUUUUCAGACGAGAGUAGUUUGUUAAUGCUGCACUUUCAUCCUGUGUUGCUCCACAUUGAUCUUCUUUAAAAAGAAUAAUACAGUGAUUUGGAUCAACAAAACGAGGUUUGAGUCCUGGAUUCUUGAUCAAUGGUGUUCGGGGCCAAAUGAGGUUUCUGUUUUUACAUCUUACAUCAUUUUAAUGGGACGUCUUCUCUUAACAUGCGGCGGGGGAAGCUGGCAGGAAGGCUUUCCCCUUACGCCAUUUAUCCAUGUCAGCGCUGAACCUUCCAGACGAACCCAGGUCCUCCCUCUUUUGAACACAGUUCCCACUUCAUCCUCACCGACUCUUUAAUUAGCUUACUGUUGCAGCUAACUGUUACCAGGCAACAAAUACUGCCAGUGUAAACUCUUAUUUCCAGGAACUAAUAACCCACAUUUGUCUGGAACCAGGCCCUCACCUGUGGGCUCUCAUUGUCUCAUGUGGGCUAAGUAAAGGAGGCUGUUUCCUGAGAAUCUACGAGCAUCUGCCAGACAGCAGCCACAACAUCAACACAAUCUGGCAGCAUCAGGCCGAGCAGAUCUCAGGCCAGAGGAGAGAGAUGAAGAAUAACAGAGAUAAUUCUCUCUGCGGCAUCAGUAGGAACAACAGGGGAAUAAAUGUGCCAUGAGCUGGAGGGUGUGUGUUGGUAGUGUGUCAGUCAGUGUGUGUGUGUGUGUUUGUGUCAAGACUCCAGCUCUGAGCCAACUCCAUUGUUUUUCCCAGCAGCCUUUGGGACAGUAAUGACAGUUUUCUCGCAGCUCUGCGACCUGUGACUCAGAGGGAAGGAUGGAGGUGGGUGGAGGAGGAGGAGGAGGAGCAGGAGGCUGCAUUGCGGUAGCGUCAACCUCCAAGCUGCCCCCCCUUUUUUUUGUCACUUCCUGCUGUUGCAUUUGGCCACUGGCCCGGUGUUGUGGUGUAUUCCGUGUUCCAUCAGCGGGAAUGUUUAAGCUGCUUCUCAGGAGCUCAUAGAAACCAAGGUUGUUUCCUCUGUGUUGACUGGGUGAGGCACGCCACCAUGAUGCUGGAAGAAUUUCAAUUGUGUUGGUACAUCAACACCCAGUAGCCUCAGGCUGCAUCACUGACAUGUAUCAGAGUCCAUCAGGUGGUCUGUGUAACCUGGCAGUUUCAAUUAGGGCUUCUAGUGUCACAUGGUUUGCAAGGUUGUCUCUGACGCCUUUUCACCCUCACUAGAGAUAUUUCCUGUGUAAACACCAAAGACAGGAAGCCACACAACAAAGGGAGCAUGUCCUGAACUCACUAAACAUAAAGAUUAGAGCCCGGCCAGUAUGAGCGCCAUGUGCCGGGAUAAAAAGUUUUAUUUUGUAUUUUUUUUGUAUUUACAACAAAGUAUACCAUUAAUCUAUGAAAUAUCAGGCCUCAUUCAUAUUCCUUUGCCAUAAGGAUUUGAAAACGACAACUUUGGAAUCAACUGUCAUGGUUCAAAUCAGCAUCGGACCCCAAACAGCUCACAUGCACCUGUCCUGCAGGGUGGGGACUUGAGUGCUCUCCGUGUCGGGCAAAGUAAUAGGAUGACACGCACUCUUAUCUUGGACUAGAGAUAUCUGUAGCUCCUGUUGUAAGGUGUGACUGUCACAGAUGUUACACAAGAUGUGUGCUUUUUAUUGUCGCACAUCCAGCUGGUGGCUCAUGCUGUUUUUUGGCACCAGCCUGGUAGUAUCACCAAGAGGUUUUGACCUUGUGUGUUGUUAACAUUGUCUUUUAAAAUGAGGUGUAGUAUUUAUUGACACAGAAACCCUUGUUGGGUACAAAGUAAGUUUCGUGCUCCAGUUGUUUUGAUUCGGACGUGUCGGCUUCAUUUUAAUCUUUCAAACCUCAGCUUUCUUUCUGCCCACAAAGCUUUUUACCCUUCUAUAGUUUCAUCACCUACUUAAUACCAAAGAUAAUGUUCUUUUUGUUGGUGUUACACUUUUUUUUGUGUCUUUUUAAGCAGGUUUUAAUGCAGAGAAAUGCCUUCAAAUCCCCCUCCCCUCACAUAACCUCCCAUUCUAGUUAUCACAACCUUAUAGAUAUCCCCCCCCCCCCCCCCUAACCACCUAGCAUACUAAUACUAGCACACUUUCAAGUUCUGAGCUCAUUUGGAAUGAAUCUCCAUUGCUGGUUAACACGUUCAAUCAUGCAUUAACAUGGGGCUGUGGGUGCUGUCUCCACCACGGCUGUGUAACAGGAGCGGAGUGGCACUCCUUUUUACAGCUUAUGGGGAGGAGAGGAACAAUCAGGGGGCGAGGGGAGAAAGGGAGGAUUAGCACCAGGCUGGGUCUGGUUGUGGUGUCUUUAUGUGGCUGUGGUUGGCCUAAACUUGACCCUGACUCUGGCCAACCGGUGAACAUUCACAGACUCAGAGGUGAAGCUGCCGCCUGUGGGAAUCUGUUUUCUGUCUGCUGACCACCCCUGGAAGGAGCAGAUCUCGGUCUAGGAGUCAGAGGAGAAAGAAUGAAAUGGGUUUAACCCCUCCGCAGAUACACACACACACCUGAAGGUCUGCAGGCUGUAUCUCCUCUGUCCAGGCAGCUGGGUGUCACUGCUGUAGUGCUGCAGACUUGUUGCUGUCGAUUUCUGUCACAGAAGAACUUGAGGCCGUCAUUUCCUGCUGCCGGGGUGAUCGAGCGGCCAACAGUCAUGUGGUUUACUGGUUUCCCGUGUUGUGGUAGUACCAACGGUGAUCACAACUCAUAAAAACAGUAACAACCACAUUCAAACAUCUGUCAGUUUGGAAUCAUGUGGAGCUACAUGAUCACUUAUCUCUCUCUCACUCACUUAUCUCUCUCACUCACUCACACACUCACUCACUCACUGUCUCAUAGACUGUAUUUGAAGAUGAACGAUUUCAUUUCUUCCUCAUUGUACAAACAGCUUUUUUGUUUAUGUACUGUGACUUUUAGUCUGGUCAGUGUCCAAUCCACUGACAUGGACGAGGUGAGGUUUGUGAUCUUUACAGCAGCCGGCCACCAGGGGGUGAUCCGCUGUCAUGUCGUCAAUCUUAAUAUACAGUCUACACAUGAACUCGGUAUAAAGAUGAAUGAUGCGUCUCCUCUUCCGACCGUUUUACAAAAAAAAAGCUACAAUAUCUUGGAUACAGCUGCUGCCAUCUUGCACUUUGAACUUCAUGUGCUGAUACAUGCACUCGACCAAUCAGGAUUCAGUCUCAGCUGUCAAUCAUGACAUUUAACCCCUCAUUUUGCAUCAAAUAAUUAAAAGCAUCAGAAUUUAAAGUGCACCCUUAAGUGACUUUUUAGUUAGAUCCAUGUCCCACCUGCUUACAUGGCGGAGAUGGGGUUUAUUAUCUUUUACUGCAGACGUCCAGAUGAAUUUGCUUCUCCUUUGUGAGCCGUCAUGUUGUUCAUCUUCAUAUACAGUCUAUAUAAACUCACUCACUCACUCACUCACUCGCUCAUAACCCACCUUCAUCUCAACGAAACCCCAAAAUCCAAUCCCUCCCCGUAGGCUCCAGUCAGUUUUUAGACUUCCUAGGUAACAUUUUCAUGCCUUGUUCCUCCCUCCAUCCCUCUCACCCACCCUCCAGGACAGGAAAUUCUUCAAAGGAUUCUUUGCAAAAGCUGGAAGAAACACACACACAGACACUGAUGCACGGGAGAGAUCUGUCUGGAGAGAGGCAAACACAGUGAUGCAUGUGUCUGUGGGCAGGUGGGGGUGGUUUAGUGUGGGGUGGGGCACUUACCUGUGUUUGUGUGUGUAUUUCUAUGUGUGUGCGUGGGUUGUGUUUUUUGGAUUAGCAGGCGUGUCUUCUCUCCGUUCAGCCCUCCUUCCUUGAACCAAGAAUGGAACAAUGAACGGCUUGUAUGGAUGAAAGUGACUUUUUGGUGCACACACAGAUAUUGUGUUGUUUUUCUAACCCAUGCCGCCACCACUGUCGACUGCAUCUGUGCACCAAAUCCUCCUUUUGUGUCUUUGAUUCAGUUUUGGGGGAACUAGUGAAUCACACAGCACUAAGAAAAAACCAAAUCCUAAUUUGUGUCUCCUCUUUUGACUCUUACCUGGUGCUUUCUCUUUGUUUACAGGUGUGUUCUCUCUAUGUGUGUGUGUGUGUGUCUGUGUGUGUGUGUGAGUUGAAUAGGUACAAAGGGAGCUAAUCAUGGAGGCAAUGGACAUAGUGGAGCGGUUUCUUUUGUUUCUUAACUCGUUCCUGUUCCUUUUGUGUGUUGGCAGGCCGGGAAGAAGCCGACGCGGGCCGUGUUGUGGGUGUCGGCAGAUGGUCUUCGCGUUGUAGACGACAAAACAAAGGACCUGAUUUUAGACCAGACAAUAGAGAAGGUGUCGUUCUGCGCUCCGGACCGGAACUUCGAGAGGGCGUUCUCUUACAUCUGCAGGGACGGCACCACGCGGCGCUGGAUCUGCCAUUGUUUCAUGGCCGUCAAAGACUCGGGCGAGCGCCUCAGUCACGCUGUGGGUUGUGCGUUCGCCGCCUGUCUGGAGCGCAAACAGAAACGGGAGAAGGAGUGUGGGGUCACGGCGACCUUUGACGCCAACAGAACCACCUUCACCCGCGAGGGCUCGUUUCGUGUGACCACAGCCACAGAGGCGGCAGAGCGGGAGGAAGUGAUGCGGCAGCUACAGGAUGCUAAGAAAGCAGAGACGGACGUGACGGUUUCUGGAAACUCGGUGACAAACUCCUCCGUCCACCAGGGAGGAGACUCACCCUCUCCCUCGUCCUCCCCGCCUCUCUCUUUGCCCGCGCUGGGAGCUCAGGUGAUCCCCCGCAGACACGCACCAGCUGAGGCUCUCGCCAGGCAGGGCUCCUUCAGAGGCUUCCCAGUCCUCAGUCAGAAGACGUCUCCCUUCAAAAGACAGAUGUCGCUGCGUAUGAACGAGCUGCCCUCCACCAUGCAGAGGAAGUCCGACUUCCCCAUCAAGAAUUCAGUUGCUGAGGUUGAGGGUGAAAGCGACAGCAUCAGUUCGCUGUGUACUCAGAUCACGUCAGCGUUCAGCGGGCCCCCGGAGGAUCCCUUCUCCUCAGCACCAAUGCCCAAGCCAGCCUCAUCCCCACAGUCUCCUGUAGCACCAGUGAUCAGCACAGCUCCUGCCUUCUCUGUUGCCGCCGCUACUGCUAACCCCCCAGUUCUGCCCCCUGCCCUGCCUGCCCGAGAAACUAACCCCUGGGCCAAGACCCCAGCAGGGGCCCCGGCCUCAGCACAGCCAGGAGGUGACUGGUCAUCGCCUACUCCGGUGAUAGUGGAACCCCCCCCAUCCUCCCCAGUCCUACCGUCUCACAGGCGCACGCCAUCAGAAGCCGACCGCUGGUUGGACGAAGUCACCAAGUCCGUCCGACCUGCGCUGCCCAAUCAGAUCAUGGCAGCGGCGUCGCCUCCCACCCAGGCGUUCACUGCCCCUGUGCAGAUCCCUGUGGCGUCGGCUCCUGCUGUUCCCUUCAUGACCUCCCUGCCCCCCGUCGUGCCCAUUUUGCCCCCCCGGCAGCUCCCCUUCCAUGGUCACGCUCCAGCCUCCUACCCCAUGUCCAACGGGCUGCCGUUCCCUCAGCCCGGCGCGCCCCUGGUCGGCAUCACUCCCUCGCAGAUGGUGGCCAACGUGUUCGGCUCAGCCACGCAACCCCAGCUGUUCCCCGUCGCUGCCUCCACGACCCCCCAGCAUCACAUCCAGCAUGUGGGCCACAUCAGCCCCUUCAUCAAACCCCCACCGCCCACCACCAUGAACCCUAUACACCUCCAGCCAUCCAAUGGUAGUGUGACCUUUAAUGGGGCAGACAACUGGGCCGCUCCUUCCCAGCUCGCUCCAUGCUCCCUCGCCACCGAGCCGCCCCCCCAGCCGCAGCCAGAUGCCUUUGAGGCCCAGUGGGCCGCCUUGGAGGGCCGCUCACGCCAGCGCACCACACCCUCGCCGACAAAUCCCUUCUCCACCGAGCUGCACAAGACCUUUGAGAUUCAACUCUGAAGAUUGUGCCCGAGAUGAGAGAGUAAUGGACAAUAAGUGAGCACAGGUGGGUGACCGACAGCAGCAGAGAGGGGAAAGUCCCUCUGCCUCUCUUCAUCUCUGCUUCAGCGGACGAUAUCAGCAGGGCUGAAAAGAACUGGGAGAUAACGGAGAGCAACGGGUGAAUCAACAGGGAGCAGAGCUCUGCACAGCAGUGAGGGGAGAUUAAAAAAACAAAACCGUGUGCUGCUCCCCAGGCUUUUCAUUAGCAUCGUCUGUAUUGUCUUGUUUGUGCUGUGGAGCUCGAGGUCGUCAUUACCCUGUGGAAUCACUGUGCAGAGCCACACCCAGCCCCAGCCGCCCCCCCCCCCAGCCAGGUGGGGCGGCUCCCGUCCCCUGCCUUCCUUUGCUUGGUCGAGCUCACAGCGCCCCCUGUUGAAAGGACGACACCUCCAUCACCUGGCAGAGGAACUGCAGCACUGAGAGAACUCAGCUUCCAGAUGAGAAGUUCUCAUGAUUAACUUUCCAAGCAGAAGAAUGGAGUGAGACAAUGCCAAAAUCUUUAUUUUUAUGCAUUAAGUAUAUUUUAAAUAGCUUUGGAAUCUAACAGAAGAGUUGUAAGUAAUCUUGCCAAAGGCACAGGCUAGCUACAAUGAGACAAGUUUAUGUUCGUGUAUACAAGAAAUGACCCUAUAUAUUAUACAUAAAAUAUAUAUAUCUUUAAAGAAUCUAUACUGUACACAGCUCACAGCAGUGCUAAUUUUUAAUGUGAUGUAAAGAGAUUUUGUGAAGGGACAGCUGCUUUACUGUUGUGUUUUACUGUUUUAUUUUUGAAGAAAAAAAUCUCUUUAUUGCCGUCUACUGCAUCCUGUGAUUGGAUGUGAAGCAUCUCACUGUAAAUACAGUUUCAUUGCAGCAACAAUCAAUGUGGACCUAGCAGUGGUGGUGACAGGUUGCCUCUCUUAUCUGUACUUUCACUAGUUUAGUACACAUCAGUACUUAACAUUUACUCCCUCUGUCCUCCCCGUCGUUCAUUUUGUGUGAUAACAAUCUUGCUUGUUUUUCUUUCUUUUUUUAUUUAACACACAGUUGGAUGUCUUCACUUUUUUUUUUGUAGUUGAUUUCGAAAUUUUUUUUUGCACAAGCACUAAAGUAGAUGAUUUGACUUCCCAGGUGACCUUGAUCAACAUGGUCUGGUCGGUCGUGGUGCUGCAGCAGCUGAGGCGCUGCACGCCGACCUGCCCGACCUCCGUUAGCCUGCUGACGCUCAGAGAGAAGAUGAUUUUAUCUCUCACUGGCCGAUUUCUCUCUGUCCUGCUAUUUUUUUUAAUCAAACCUGUGAAUACGAUCUAUUCUCUGAUCUAUUUUUCCAUUUUGUAAUUAUUUCAUUACUUUAUUCCACUUCUUUGGAGAAAUACUGAAGCUAAAAGAUUGAAUAAAUUGAUGGUGGUAGAGGAAA